AUGAUGAUGAAGUGGUUGUUGCUUAUCCCCUUAGCGUUGGCCUCCCCCGUGGCCUGGGACGCCGCCGACGAGGCCGCGCUCGCCCAGCUCCAGGACGAGUACUUUGCCACCGCCAGCGACGCUGGUGCUCGUAUCCCGUUGUUUACCGGAGUGACCCCCGACGACUUCAGUACCGACCAGCCGGUGCUGGAAGAAGAAGCCCAGCAGGCGGCAGCGGUGUUGGAGGAGCUCGCCGACGUCGUCGCCGCUCUUGCCGCUGCCCCCAGCCAGUAG